UGGAGAAGAGAAUUGUUGCAGCCAUGCCGGUUGUCUUCCUUCUCUUGACCUUCACCUUCGCCUUCUCUUUCCAUGGCUGCUUCGUGCAAGCAGGAGAUCCUGAAUUGUACUUCGACUGGAACGUCUCCUUCGCCAAAGUGUCUCCUUUCGGAGUAGAGAAGAAGGUUAUCGUGAUCAAUGACCGUUUGCCAGGACCUCUCCUCAACGUGACGACCAACAACCUCGUUAGCGUCAAUGUCUAUAACAAUCUCGACGAGCCUUUCCUCCUCACAUGGAAUGGAGUGCAAAUGAGGAGGAACUCGUGGAACGAUGGAGUGCCAGGAACGAACUGCCCGAUACCACCGGGGAAGAACUGGACGUAUCAUAUGCAGGUCAAGGAUCAAAUAGGCAGCUUCUUCUACUUCCCUUCUCUCGGCUUUCAGAUGGCCGCCGGUGGCUACGGGCCCAUCCGCAUCGACAAUCGUGUCAUCAUACCCAUCCCGUUCAGCUUCCCGCAAGAUGACUUGGAUAUCUUGAUUGCAGAUUGGUACGACAUGGAUUACCAGGACAUGAGGGAUGCUGUCGAUCAAGGUUUUCCAUUAUCAUUGCCUGAUGGGAUUCUUAUCAAUGGGUUGCCACCCGAGAAAGCAAAUUUCACGUUUAAAUCAGGAGCUACGUACCGGCUAAGGAUCUCAAAUGUGGGCAUCAAGACGACUCUCAACUUCAGAAUUCAAGGUCACAAGAUGCUACUUGUGGAGACCGAGGGAUCCUACACCCUCAAACAAUACUACGACUCACUCGAUAUCCAUGUUGGCCAAUCUUACUCGGUGCUUGUCACGGCCGAUCAGCCUCCGUCCACCUCGUACUACGUCGUCGCAUCGUCGCGCUUCGUCGAGCUCGAUCUAUUUGGCGUUGCUAUCAUCAACUAUGACGAUGGUUCGAACAAGAAACCUUCCGGUGGUAUACCGGAAGGGCCAUCACCGUUCGACUACAACUAUUCGAUGGAACAAGCUCGUUCCAUUAGGUGGGAUCUAAAAGUUGGGGCUGCUCGUCCGAACCCGCAAGGCUCGUACCGCUACGGUCACAUCAACAUCUCUCGGACGAUCGUCUUGCAAAAUGACGAAGUCAUGAUCGGUGACCGGACUCGGUACGCAAUAAACGGCGUGUCGUUCGUGUACCCCGACACGCCUUUGAAGCUGGCUGACUACUUCGGAAUUCCCGGCGUGUUCAUGGCCGGUGAAGUCCCCGACGAGCCCAGCGGCCGCAAGCCGACACUCGGCGCACCGGUGGUCGACGCCAUCUACAAAAGCUUCGUCGAGAUAAUCUUUCAGAACAAUGAGUCGUCGAUUCAGUCAUGGCAUCUGGAUGGCUACAACUUCUUCGUCGUCGGCAUGGAGGAGGGGAAGUGGAACGAAAGCUCGAGGUCAACGUACAAUAUGGUGGAUGCUAUCUUUCGCUCCACCGCUCAGGUGUAUCCAAACUCAUGGACGGCAAUUUUGGUGGCCUUUGACAACAUGGGGAUGUGGAACAUAAGGUCUCAGGAAUUGGAGAGGAGGCAGCUGGGUCAAGAACUCUACAUGCGAGUCAAGUGGGAUGACGCUAACAACAACACUGUUCCGAAUCCUCGAGACGAGAUGCCCUUCUCCCCCGGCCUUGUUCUCUGUGGAAAAGCUGCUGCUCGUUCCGGAACGCCGUAAAUCUCACUUGAUUUGCGUACCUAUUAACAAUCAAACAUGUAUCUCUUAUUUGUCUUUGUUUCCGUUUUGUGUACUACUUGAAUGCUGUUGGUACCACAAGAGGAGUGAUUAUGAAUGACUCCUGCAUUCAUCA